AUGGAUUUACUGGGUCGACUCAAAUGGCGUGGUGGCCCCCAGUCUCGCUCUCCGGAAGAAAAUAACACCACCCAGACUGAAGAACCACCCAAGGAAGGUCUCCCAAGUGCGAUUCGUCCCGAUGAAGAAAAAGCACAAGAAGAAACAGUCGCCAUCGAGGAAGAAAGCCAUCAUGAUCCUGAAAUCGCCGCAUUGCCACUCCAAGUGCGCCAACUCAUUAACCUCAGGGAUGAUCCAACCCUCCCCACAAUCACCUUCCGUUACUUUGUUCUCACAGUAAUUUUUGUGAUCCCAGGUGCAUUCUUAUCCCAGAUGAGUCACUUCCGCACUACCCAAGCGCCAUACUCUGUCUUUUUCGUCCAAAUUGCCUGUCACUAUGCUGGUCAUUUCCUUGCCAAGAUACUCCCAGCAUGGAAAAUUGGCCUAGGGAAUUGGUCGUUCAGUUUGAAUCCUGGCCCCUGGAGUAUUAAGGAGCAUGUUCUUGUCACUGUGACUGCCGCAUCAGGCGCAACCUACAACUUAGGCUAUGGUCCAAUCGUCCUUGCAGAACUUUGGUAUGGAACACGGAUCCAGCCGGCCGUUGCUAUUUUCUUCAUGUGGGCUAUAGUUUGGACGGGGUACUCUUUCGCAGCGCUUGCUCGUCAGAUAUUAUUACCUGAUCCUGAUUAUAUCUGGCCACAGGCUUUGAUGCAAACCACAUUGUUUGAGACAUUUCGGAAACAAGAUACCUCAUCGCCUAUGGCUCGACGACAAAUGAAGGUCUUCUUCUUUGCUAUCUUGGGCAUGACUCUAUGGCAGUUCUUGCCAGAGUAUGUCUUUCCAUUUCUUUCAUCACUGGCCUUUCUUUGCUGGGUUGCUCCUCGAAACCCAGUUGCCAACUUCAUUGGAUCCGGUCUUGGAGGAAUGGGAUUCCUGAACUUGUCUCUGGAUUGGUCCAACAUCAAUUGGAACGGGUCAUCUAUCAUGCUCACACCGUUUUGGACACAAGUGAUUCUAUUUUUGGCCUUUGCUUUCAGUUGUUGGGUUCUCAUCCCUGCAGCUAAAUAUGGCAAUUUGGGCUCAUACAAGCAUGGCCUUAUGUCCAAUAGUCUUUUGCUGGCCAAUGGGACUAACUACCCUACUUUGAAAGUACUCACGCCUGAGUUCCGUUUGAACGAGACAGCAUAUGAGCAAUAUGGCCCUAUGUAUAUGGGGUUGCAAAAUGUUUGGGCCACGUUCUUUGAUUACGCGAAGUUGCCAGCUGCAAUUACUUGGAUUGCAACUUUCGGUUACGUGCAGCUCAAGGGAAACCUCAGCAAGAUUCUUUCCAGCCUCAAGGAGAGAAAGUCAGCCCAAAACCAAAGUAUUCAUCACCAGUACCACGACCGUCUUAACAUGAUUCAGAGACAGUACGAAGAGAUCCCACUAUGGUGGUACCUACUUCUUUUCCUGGUUGCUUUCGUCAUCCUGAUAACUUGUAUCGCAUGCGGAUAUCUUUUUAUCCCAAUCUGGACUCUUUUCGUUGCAUUGGCCAGUGCAGCAAUCUUCGUUAUCCCUUUUGCAUGGCUAUAUGCAAUAUCCAACUACCAGCUGGAGACAGGGUCAUUUAACGAGUUGAUGUACGGAUAUAUGGUUCAUACCAAAGCAGGAUCGGGCCACCAACAUCCCUGCGGCCCAUCAGUCUACGGAUCGAUUGCGGGGGACGCCUGGUAUAGGGCUCAGUACAUGCUCCAAGACCAGAAGAUCGGACACUACAUGCACAUUCCACCACGGGCGAUCUUCUUCAGCCAGGUCUUUGGCACUCUGAUGGGCGUUCCGAUAAAUUAUGCCGUUAUGCGCUGGGUGAUGGAUACGAAAGGAGAUUACUUGACCGGCAAAAAGACCGAUCCUCUGAAUCAGUGGACUGGCCAAAGUCUUCGUUCUUCAAACACUAUGGGUGUGCAAUAUGCCGUGCUCGGUCCGAAGAGACUGUUUGCUGAAUCUGAGAUGACACCCCUCCCAUGGUCUUUCCUCGUUGGAGCUGUCAUUCCACCUAUUCUGUUUAUCUUUCACCGCUACUUUCCCAAGCUCCGGAUUGACCUUUGGAACGUGAGUAUCUUCUUUGGUGGAUUGGCGAUGUUCUAUGGGAAUAUCAGCACGGGGAACACCUCUGCGAUCAUCGGCGGGUACAUCGUGAUGUACUGGGCAUAUCGACGACACUUUGAGGGGUGGAAGCGGUACAAUUACUUGCUUGCUGCUGCGUUCGAUGCAGGGUUCAACCUGAACAUGCUCCUUAUAUUCUUCUUCUUUGGAGCUGGAAAGCAGAUUUCGAUGCCACAUUGGUGGGGGAACAAUUCUGUGUCGGUGGAACGGUGCUUUGCUAUGGAAUAG